AUGACAUACAAUGCACCCACAACCAUUUAUUACAAAAGCGCCCAACGGCUUUUGAACAUAGGACGAAAGAUCAUCAAAAGAGAGGCUCUCAGACUCAAUGAUCGAUUAUUGAAGCUUGCUUGUAAAAAGCGGGCCAAUAUUGAUUCCAUGAGCACCCACUUUUCUAGCCAAGGGAAACGGCGUCGUCAAUGCGAAAAGGGGCUGCUGUCGCUAUAUGACCAAGUCCAGCAAGAAUUGUCCUUCAGGGCAAACGCUUUGCCCGUUUCAACCAGAAAGGUUUUAGAAGCUAAAGUCGCAUUGUUCAAAAAAUUUUCAGACGGCUCGUGGCUUUUUUCGAGCAGAAACAGAACUCAAAUCCCGUCCGUUUGCUACAAUUCCGAUGGCUCUCUCAAUUGUGGUAUGUCGUGUUCCCUCACUUUUAUAGGACAAGAAAAGGAUGUAAGAGAAAUGCUGAUCGGGCCAUUUCACGACAAAAUGGGAUCUACAGAAAGUACGUUGUUACUUGGACCGUCUUCCCAGAUCCUUGCAUCCGUUUUGUCCAAGAAUUUGAAUUCCUCGCAAAUGGUUGGCAAGCCGACCAGCAGUUUUUGGCUAUCAUCGCCUUCUAACUGUGGCUCCAGGUUUUACGAUUCCUUGGGCUAUCCGAUUGAAGACUUUAUUUCGCCAUCCCUCUGCUUGGCAUAUGGCGAUCCAAAAGGAAAGGAAUUUAUUAGCAAGCUUUUGCGAAUGGAUCAAUCCACCUGUGACGCCUCCAGCUCUUCACCCUCUCGAAUUUCCCGUGUGUUAUCAAAGCUUGCAGACGACAUGACACUGGGCGGCCAUUCAUUUAUGGAAAGUAUUGCCGCAUUUAAGAAUUCCGUGGGUAAAUCGUCCCCGAAACAUGAAGACCAUGAAAAAACGUCAAACACAAAUAUCUGCAAUGCAAUUACAAACAAAGAGGCGGAAGAUCCUGGGCAUGCUCCCCAAAGCAGCGGUGGCGGCGAUCUUGCUGCUCCCCAAAGCAGCGGUGGCGGUGAUCUUUCUGCUCCGCAAAAUCCCGGGAAUUACACAGCUUGUAACGAUCAGCUUCUUUUUGAGAUUUCUUCGCUGCUGAUCAAAAUGAAUUCGAUAAAAUCGCAACUGUUAUCGUCUCGUUCUGUGGAUCCAAGUUUAAAGGUUGAAUUGGGCUCUGUUUCUUCUGAACUAAAGGAAAAAUUGUCCAAAAUUGCAAGACAAUGCUCUCCGGCUGACUUACUGGGGCCAAGAACAAAAAAGGUAAGAAUACCCGCUUUCAUUUCAUCAUUCGUAGUUCGAGCCAUUCUGCAGCGAGAAGAAAACUCGAGAAAAUAUGCCGCAAAAAAUAAAAGAAAAAACAAGGCCGAAUCAGAAUCCGAGGCAUCUUCUGCUUCGAUGUCAGAUACCGAUAUUUCACUAUCAGAGGAUAGUUCCUUUUCAGAGGCAGAGUCCCUUGAAGCAGGAUCUUUUUCAUCUGAAGACGGACAGACCGAUGAUUUUGAGUUGAAUGAGGAAGAAGGGGAGGAGGAAGAGGAGGAAGAAGGGGAGGAGGGGGAGGAGGGGGAGGAAGAAGGGGAACAGUCGAAUCAGGAUGAUGACGAAUUGGGAGGUAUUGCCUAUCCGUCCUCUUCGGAAGAUGAAGAGGAGGCUUUCAUUGAAAAGAUUAUUUAUGAUUCUGAAAUUAAAGCCUGGAAAGAAUCGGUGCAUAAACUUUCCAACGCAUCGAGUGUAGACCAUGCACCGAGCAUGGAUUUUAUUCGAUUGGUCAAAAAAAUCAUCUCCGCUUGGAAUAGAAUGGUAAGCUCCCAAUAUCCAUCCUGUUCGCAUCCAAACAAGAAAAACAAAAGGGCCUCCUCUUUGGUCGCCAAAACGCAGCAAAAAAUAAGAGCCGAGACGGAGGACGUUGAGGUCGCUUUUUUCUCUCUUGUUUUUGAGAAUAUUUUCCGCGAUUUUCUAUGGAUAAAAUUUUCUAAUUCCGGCUCUGCUCGCCCCCAGCAUAUGUAUCCGGAAGAGGUCAAAAGGCUGCGUAAUCCCAUAAAGGGCGUCAUUGAAGCUCUAACCUCAAUAUUUGACCAUGCUCCAUCAGGGUCUUGGAUGCAUACCAUCAUACUGGGCGAACCCCUAGAGAGAAUGCUUCCAUUUUUUGCUAUCUUUCCUGUUGCGUUUUCACGAUUGCUAAAGAUUCUCAUUACAAAGGUAUGGAUAUCAUUACCCGGCGAGAAUGACGAAAUGAUGUUAAGCUUUAAGCGGCUACAGAGCUUUUUGCUAACAACAUGCUUCAAGUACCCAUCCUUUGCUAGCAAAAUUGUUGUCAAGACAGCGUAUGCAUCGUGGAUCAAAUCUCUCGUUAAUAUGUCGGUCCACAAGCAUGAAAAUGCAGGUUUUUUGCUCGAAUCUUUAUGCGAGCUUUUCUUUGCCAUUCAAGAUGCACAGAAACAAUAUGACUUUGCGUUUCUUUCCCUAAGGGCUCUGGCCCUAAGUGCUAGAUCCCAAUUGGUAACUUGCGCCACCUCAUCGGAAAAAAAGAAGGGGCAACUUGUGGCACAAGGAGGGCAGCUAAAAGUUGUCCCCAAAAGCUGGACAUUCAUCUAUGCCAUACGGUUCUGGUCUCGUGUCAUUGGAACGACAACCUCUUCCGUUGCGAAGGAAAAUUCUCCAUUGAUGCUUUUAAAAUAUCCGCUUUUGCAGAUAAUAUCUGCAGGCGUCGCCGCAAGCGGGAAGUGUCCCAGAGAAAUCCCAUACCAGCUCCACCUUGUAGAUUGUGCCGUUUCCUUUUUGCAAGUGAGCAUUGGGCUCCCUAUUGAAACCCUAUUAAGGAUCAUCAAAGAAGUCAUCGAAUCAAUCCGGAAGCCGGGGAAGAUGGAUAAAAAGCCUGCAGAUCCCGUAUCUUUAGACUGGAAAUCGUUGCUAAAAGGCCCUGCAGAUGCAUCCGCCGCCCCUUGGUAUUGGGAUUUGGUGGGAAGGCGUGCUUCAUAUCUAUUUGCCAAAUGUGCUUUAUUGCACUCGUCAAGUGCAGAUUUUCCAGAAGUCGUAGGAUUGCCAUUGCGCUGGGUAUCAAUUUUAUUGAAUUAUUUGUAG